GUUCGCGGACUACAACUCCCAUGAGGCCACGGGAUGGGGAAGUCAAAUUCCUCCCAGCGUCCUCGUGGAUUAACCCAUUCAUUGGUGCUUGUCCGGGGUAAAGGUGGGUGUGGGGAAAGAGAGGGUGGAGAUGAGGGCGUGAGAACCUCUCCCUGACUCUAAGAAACAAGAACCGCGAAAGGAGAAGAUACUUGGCGACUCCCCCUCCCCCCGUUAUGUCAGAGGAACAGCCGGGGGCCUCUUUGGGAGGGCAGCGGGAUGUAGGACGCGGCCUCGAGAACCUGCCCGUCAGUUCCUGGCCAGAAGGGGAAGAGCCAGAGUUUCAGUAUACACCUGAACACGUGAUUGGACCUGGAGCAGAAGUUGAUCCAACUCAAAUAACCUUUCCUGGAUGCACUUGUCUCACAACAUCUUGCCUUCCUACCAUUUGUUCAUGUCUCCUUCAUGGGGAGAAUUAUGAUAAUUUAUGCCUCAGAGACAUAGAAGGUAAAAUGGAAUUUGCCAGACCAGUGUUUGAAUGCAAUGUCAUGUGCCAGUGCAGUGAACAAUGCAAGAACAGAGUAGUUCAAAGAGGUCUGCAAUUCAAUCUCCAGGUGUUCAAAACUGACAAGAAAGGCUGGGGGCUUCGCACCUUGGAAUUUAUACCUAAAGGAAGGUUUGUUUGUGAAUAUGCUGGUGAAAUUUUAGGCUCUUCAGAGGCACGCAGAAGAAUACAACAACAAACAAAGCAUGAUUCAAAUUACAUUAUAGCUAUCAGAGAACAUAUAUGUGAUGGCCAAAUAAUAGAGACUUUCGUGGAUCCUACUAACAUAGGCAACAUUGGCAGAUUCCUAAACCAUUCUUGUGAGCCAAACUUAUUGAUGAUCCCUGUUCGUGUUGACUCAAUGGUGCCUAGAUUGGCACUUUUUGCAGCCAAAGACAUUUUGCCAAAAGAAGAACUUUCUUAUGACUAUUCAGGAAGAUUUCGUAAUUUCACAAAGAAUGAUAGAAACCAAGAAAUUCCAGAUAAAGACAAAAUGGGGAAACCUUGUUAUUGUGCUACCAAAUCAUGUGCUGCUUUCUUGCCUUAUGACAGUUCACUGUAUUCACCCUUAGAAAAACAAACCACAAAUUAAAAGAGCAAUUUAAAAAAAUAUGGCAUGAGGCUACUUUACAUUAGUAGUUAACAUAUAUAGUCAAAAGAAUUCCUUCAACCAUUAAAACCAAAAGACAUAAAAUAAACAUAUAAAUUUAAAGAAGCAUUCACCACAUAUAGAGUUGAUGAUAUAUUCAUUUCAAUCAUAUUUCAUGAUUGAGAAUGGGGUAGCAUUUCCAAAUCAGAAAAUGAAAAUGAGCAUGUAACACAAAUAAUAUAAUGCUCAUUGAAUUGUAUGAAGAUUAAAAAACUAGUUUCUGAGUAAUUUAAUCAUUUUAUUAAUAAGGCUAGUACAUUAUUAGUAAAAGGAGAGUCAUUUGCUAACUCUCUCAGUCUUAUUGGCCAUAGGCUAUCAGUUUAUAUACCCUGAAGGACAAGCAUAAGAGAGUAGAUAUUUAAUUCAAUUCAGCCACCAUUUAUUAAGAAUGCAUGUGCUAAGCACAGACUAGGUACUAAGCAAAUAACAGAGGACAAAAAUAAGGCCAAGGGAAAGAGUCAGAUUUCAGCUCAUAAACAAAGACCUUUCCAACAGUUAGUUCUUUGUAAACUGGGUACUUUGAGAAGUAUUCAAGCUGAGGUAAGAUCUACUCUUGUCAGGGAUGUAAAGGGAAUUGCCAUCAGGGGUUGGAGGUUGGACUAAGGGAUCCGUAAGGCCCCUUCCAACUCUCUUCCAAUUCUCUGUUCUUAAUAAGGACGGACUUCAAAGUAGGACACAACUGGGGCCUGAGUAAAGGUAGAAUUUAGAUAAAUUGACCCACCACCAACUCCCAUCUCCCAUCUCCAAUUUAAUACAUAAUUAUUAAGUUAUCAGAGUAGAAUAGAAACAAGAAAGUUCACAUCACAUCGGAAAGUUUCGUAUAACUCACAUUUAUGUAUUUUUAAGUUUUACAAAGCAAAUUUUAUGCAGUAGUAAUGGGAUGACAAGUGUCUUCUAUCCAAAACUCAUUUUACAGAUGAGGAAACAGAGUCUUGGUUUGACUAUGAUCAUUCAGGUAAAACCAACUCUUCUGAUUCCAAAUCCAGUGCUCUUUCCACAGUUUCAAAACCAAGAUUCACUCUCAGGUUUUCUUAACUCCAAGUCUAAUUUUUUCCACUACACCACAAUGCUGCCUUUUAAAAGAAUGGGGAAAUAAAAAAAAAUUUAUAUAUAGAUAUCUAUCUAUCUAUAGAUACACAGAGA